GCUGUGCACCCGCCCGUGGGGGGCUGCCACGUCCAGUACUUCUGCAUGGCGGCCGUGCUGCUUGCGGGCGCGGGCGUGGUUGCCUUCACGAACAUGAUGCGCUCGGCCAUCCUGACGGUGAUGCACGCGGUGAGCUUUGUGCUCUUUGCGGCGCUGUGUCUGGUCAGCGUGACAAACCACGUUGCUCCGAGCGACGGCGGAGCGAGGGCGUACGCGGCAAUGUUGCUGCUGCUGACCACUGUGCUGCUUGCGGUCACUGUGUACAGCGUCGUUGUGUGGUACGCGGAGGACCGCCACUGGCAGGAGCUGCGCGAGCCGCGGCGUGGUGGGCUGGAGGCGCUGCUGCGCGAUGACGGGGAGAGCGACGAAGAAACCCAGAAGCCCCACGACAGGACGUCAUCGUCGUACGCCUCAGGCACCACCGUUGCGUCGUACCGACCACCCGCGCAGCUGCAGCCCAUGGCCUGUGACACCCGCUCAGACGCCCUGAGUCUGCUUGAAUGUGCAUCCAGUGCAAGCUGCGGCAUUAAUUAUACCGCUCUGGACAGGUGA